AGUACGCUCAACUAGUAUAAAACAAUGCUGUCUACAUUAUUGUCCGGGUUAUAAUUUAGCCACAAAUAAACUACUAACGACGUUUAAUCACAAUGCGAAGGCCGCUGAGCUUUUUCACUAUGGGGAGAAUUGUGCGCAAUUUGACCCUCCCGUGCCGCCGUACACAGCAUAAACAUUAUCACGCAGCUGUUGCUGUCGUUUUACGUUACUUGCGGAUCUCACGUGUAAGCGCUUACUUCGAAAGAUAUCGGCUAGAAAAUUAUUAUCUACAUCACAUAACAUCAUGGAGCCCCUCAUAAAAAUCAACCCAGGAGUAACAAAAUGGGACAUUCGUCAAAAGGUUUGGGACUACAUCGAAGAGAAUAAUCUGGCUAAUUUCCCAAGGCCCGUCCACAACAGAAUUCCAAAUUUCAAGGGGGCUUUCACCGCCUGCCCCAAGGUGUCUGAGCUGGAAGUGUUUACCCAGACAAAUGAGGUCAAGGUGGAUCCCGAUAAACCUCUUGAGGGGGCUCGACUUGCAGUGCUGCAGGCCCACAAAACUUUAUUGGUUCCAACUCCCCGUCUUCGUUCUGGGCUUUUUAACAAGAUAGUCCCCCCACAGGGAGCCAACAAAGAGCAGCUGCGCACAUGCUCCUCCUCCCAGGGCGUGAAAGACUUCAGCGUGCCAAUCGGCCUGGAUGCCAAAGUCAAGGUCGACCUCGUGGUUGUCGGCUCUGUGGCUGUGUCAGAGAAAGGUUUCCGGAUUGGAAAAGGGGAGGGCUUCGCUGACCUGGAGUACGCAAUGAUGGCCUCAAUGGGAGCUGUGGACGAGUCCACUGUGGUGGUCACUGUUGUCCAUGACUGUCAGGUGGUGGACAUUCCCGAAGAGCUCAUGGAAAAACAUGAUUUGACAGUGGACUACAUUCUCACACCGAGCAGAGUCAUUAAGACAAACUGCUUGUCUCCCAAGCCACAAGGAAUCAUCUGGACCAAGCUGGACACAGAAAAGCUGGAGAAGAUCCCCAUCCUGAAGAAGCUCCUGGCUCUGGAGGAGCAGGCAGGGAAGGACGUCACACUGGGGGCGGGGCCUCCCUCAGCCGGGCCCCCUUUGCAAACCGGUCCCCCGAAGAAGCAAAGCAGACGCAAGCCGAGGCAAAAAGCGAUCGGUCAGGAUUCCGAAGAGGAGGCCAAGGAGGAGAAAAGUAAGGAACCACAACCGAACGCCAGACAGCGUCCGGCUCGAGUGAGAAAAGAAAGUCGAGGAAGUGAGGGAGACGGCGCCGAAAGGAGGAAAAGGAAGGCGCAAAGUGGAAGGAAUAUCAAGGAGAAGAGUCCAGAAGAGACUGGAGGCCAAGUUGUGACCCAGAGCAAGAUCCCGCCCGGUGUGACCACAGUUUAUCUGGGGGGGAUCCCCACAGGCUUGCGCGUCAGCGAGCUGAAGACGUCCCUCCGAGAGAGGGAGGCGGCCCCGCUGCGGCUCACCUGGCAGGGAGCGCAGCACCGCGCCUUCUUGGACUACGGCAACCCGGAGGCUGCCGAGAAGGCCCUGGAGGCUCUACAGGGGCUGAGCCUGAAUGGCCACCUUCUGCAGGCCGAGCUGGCCAAGAGCCAGCGCCGCAGCAAGAGGCCCGGCCCGGCCAAUCGGAAAGCCAGACCCGCACCGGCGUCUGACGCAGAGGCGGUGGAUUCCAAGAGUGACGUCCACGAGCACGACUGAGUAGUAAAAGCAGAAGAAUAAGUGCGCUAACCUUGAAAUGCCUUAUAACAAUUUGGUUUGGUUUACGUGUAUGUAUAUAUAUAUAUAUAUAUAUAUAUAUAUAUAUAUAUAUAUAAUAUAUACAUAUACACAUAAAAUUGAUUACAGUAGGGCCACAAUUUUAUAUAACAAAUUUUGUAUAACAUAACAUUUAAACAAAUUAUGCAACAAUAGCUAAAUGUGAAAAGUCCUUUUUCCCCCCCUUUUUAGUUUAAUAACUAAAAUGCACAAACAGCAUGGUAGCUUAGUGGUGAGCACAUCUGCCUCCCAUUUGAGAGGUUCUGGGUUUGAAUCCCAGCCAGCGUGGAGUUGACCUGUUCUUUCGAUGCUUUUGUUUGGUUUUCUUUGGGUGUUUCUGGCUUUAGCCCACGCUCCAAAAAGGUGUUGGGUUUAAUGGGCUUUCCUUACCCAGUCCCAAACACCCUGCUGGUGAUCUCCACAUGGCUCUGGGCCAAAGGUCUGCAAACAGCACCACCGUGUGGCCAGAUCUUGCCAGAACGCGUUCUUUGCUUUUCUUCCACCUCCCCACUUUUCCAGCUCGAGUGUUUGGGCAUCCAGUGCAAGAGCUGGGUCAGAAAAUAUGCCUUUACAAGCAUACCGCUGCUCAGUUUGGAGUGAUAAUUUUAUAUCCAUAAUCUUGGUUGUAGUUUUGCAUUCAAAUAAAAGAAUCCACUCUGGAUAUUGUUAAGCAGUUUUACACCACUCCAAAAUAGGGCCUCCAGUUAUUGAUUUAAAAAUGUGUUAAAUCACUGACUUUAGGAGGACUUUGGUUUUAUGUGGACAUUAUAGCUCUUUAUUUAUUUAUUGGGUCUCGGAUUCAUGCUUAAUGUGGCCAGCGUGUCAUUAUUUUAUUAUCAGACUCACACACAAACGCAUUACAAUGUAUAUCUGCAAUGUAAUUAACAUAAGUAACAAAAGAAUGUCCACAGCUCAUCUGCCUGAAGGGAUUCAGUUGAAUAUAAAUGAAUAUUAGAUUAUAUCCCCAGAUCGCAACUGUUGCAAUAAAUUGUAUCAUAUUGUUUGUUAAAUCGGACUCUUCUUUUCUCCCAAGGGUUCACCAAAUUGAUAACAUUUUCGCAAUCGAACCUAAUUUUGCUAUACCAAAGAUUUGUUGAGACAGCUUCAUACGGCUUCUCCCC